CGCCUGGCUUCAGACCGGCCGGGAUCGCGCCGCGGCUGUUCCUGGAGCGCGGGACGCGGCCCCGAGCGGGGAAGAUGGCGAAGGGCGGCGCGCGGCACUGCGCGAGGAGCGCACUGCUCACGGGUGUCCCGCGGGGCCCCGCGCCGCUGCUGCUGGCCGGGCUGGCGCUGCUGGGCGCGGCGCGGGCGCAGGCGGAGGCGGACGGGGGCUUCAGCCUGCACCCGCCCUACUUCAACCUGGCCGAGGGCGCCCGCAUCGCCGCGUCCUCGACCUGCGGCGAGGAGGCUCCGGCGCGCGGCCCCCCACGCCCUACCGAGGACCUGUACUGCAAACUGGUGGGGGGCCCCGUGGCAGGCGGGGACCCCAACCAGACCAUCCAGGGCCAGUACUGUGACAUCUGCACAGCUGCCAACAGCAACAAGGCACAUCCCGUAACCAAUGCGAUCGACGGCACAGAACGCUGGUGGCAGAGCCCACCACUGUCCCGCGGCCUGGAGUACAAUGAGGUCAACGUCACCCUGGACCUGGGCCAGGUUUUCCAUGUAGCCUAUGUGCUCAUCAAAUUUGCCAACUCUCCUCGGCCAGACCUCUGGGUGCUGGAGCGAUCCACAGACUUUGGUCACACCUACCAGCCCUGGCAGUUCUUUGCAUCCUCCAAGAGGGACUGCCUGGAGCGAUUCGGGCCUCGGACGCUGGAGCGCGUGUUGCGGGAUGACGACGCCAUCUGCACCACGGAGUAUUCGCGCAUUGUGCCCCUGGAGAACGGCGAGAUCGUGGUGUCCCUAGUGAACGGGCGCCCGGGGGCCAUGAACUUCUCCUACUCACCGCUGCUGCGUGACUUCACCAAAGCCACCAACAUCCGCCUGCGUUUCCUGCGUACCAACACAUUGCUGGGUCACCUCAUGGGCAAGGCGCUGCAGGACCCCACAGUCACCCGCCGGUACUAUUACAGCAUCAAGGACAUCAGCAUUGGCGGCCGCUGCGUCUGCCACGGCCACGCGGAUGUCUGUGACGCCAAAGACCCCACAGACCCUUUCAGACUGCAGUGUGCCUGCCAGCACAACACCUGUGGCACCUCCUGUGACCACUGCUGCCCUGGUUUCAACCAGCAGCCAUGGAAGCCAGCGACUGCCGACAGUGCCAACGAGUGCCAGUCCUGCAACUGCCACGGCCAUGCCAAGGACUGUUACUACGACUCUGAGGUGGAUCAGCGCCACGCCAGCCAGAGCCAGGAUGGCACCUAUCAGGGGGGAGGUGUCUGCAUCGACUGCCAGCAUCACACGACCGGCAUCAACUGUGAACUCUGCCUGCCCGGCUUCUACCGCACCCCAGACCAGCCACUAGACUCACCCCACAUCUGUCGCCGCUGCAACUGUGAGUCAGACUUCACUGAUGGGACUUGUGAGGACCUGACCGGCCGCUGCUGCUGCAAGCCCAACUUCACUGGGGAGCGGUGUGACAUGUGUGCUGAGGGCUUUGUGGGCUUCCCGCACUGCUACCCUGUGCCCUCAUUCUCCCCCAAUGACACAGGGGAGCAGGUGCUGCCAGCCGGACAGAUCGUAAACUGUGACUGCAGUGCUGCCGGGACCCAGGGCAACGCCUGCCGAAAGGAUCCGCGGGUGGGACGCUGCGUGUGCAAACCCAACUUCCAUGGUGCCCACUGUGAACUCUGUGCCCCAGGGUUCUAUGGCCCUGGCUGCCAGCCCUGCCAGUGUUCCAGCCCCGGAGUGGUAGAUGACCACUGUGACCCUGACACAGGCCAGUGCAAGUGCCGGCUGGGCUUCGAGGGAGCCGCGUGCCAUCGCUGUGCCCCUGGCUACUUCCAUUUUCCCCUCUGCCAGCUGUGUGGCUGCAGCCCUGCAGGGACACUGGCCGGAGGCUGUGACGAGGCUGGCCACUGCCCUUGCCGGCCCGAGUUUGCUGGCCCUCACUGUGACCGCUGCCAUCCAGGCUACCACGGUUAUCCUGACUGCCAUGCCUGUUCCUGUGACCCCCGGGGAGCCCUGGACCCCCUCUGCAGUGCAGGUGGUUUGUGCCGCUGCCGCCCUGGCUACGCGGGCGCCACCUGCCAGGAAUGCAGCCCCGGCUUCCACGGCUUUCCCGACUGCGUCUCCUGCCACUGUUCCGCGGACGGUGCCCUGCACGCAGCCUGUGACGCCCAGAGUGGGCAGUGCAGCUGCCGGCCCCGCGUGACUGGGCUGCGAUGUGACAUGUGUGUGCCUGGUGCCUACAACUUUCCCUUCUGCGAAGUGGGCUCCUGCCACCCUGCUGGCCUGGCUUCAGCUGAUCUUGCCCAUCCUGAGGCACAGCCUUCCUGCACAUGCCGGGCUCAUGUAGAAGGGCCAAGUUGUGACCGCUGCAAACCUGGGUUCUGGGGGCUGAACCCCAGGACCCCUGAGGGCUGCACCCGCUGCAGCUGCGACCCCAGGGGCACACUGGGUGGAGUUGCUGAGUGCCAGCAGGGCAAUGGCCAGUGUUUCUGCAAGCCCCACGUGUGUGGGAGGACGUGUGCAGCAUGCAGGGACGGCUUCUUUGGUCUGGACCGGGCUGACUACUUUGGAUGCCGCAGCUGCCAGUGCGACGUGGGUGGUGCGCUGGGCCAGAGCUGUGAGCCCAGGACCGGUGUCUGCCGGUGCCGCCCCAACACCCAGGGUCCCACCUGCAGCGAGCCUGCGAGGGACCACUACCUCCCAGACCUGCACCACCUGCGGCUUGAGCUGGAGGAGGCAGCCACGCCCGAGGGCCAUGCCCUGCGCUUUGGCUUCAACCCCCUGGAGUUUGAGAACUUUAGUUGGAGGGGCUACGUGCAGAUGACACCCAUCCAGCCCAGGAUCGUGGCCAGACUAAACCUGACCUCCCCUGACCUAUUCUGGCUCGUCUUCCACUAUGUCAACCGAGGGCCCACGAGUGUGAGCGGGCGUGUCUCCGUGCGAGAGGAGGGCAACUUUGCCACCUGUGCCAACUGCACAGAGCAGAGCCAGCCUGUGGCCUUCCCGCCCAGCACAGAGCCUGCCUUCAUCACUGUGCCCCAGAGAGGCUUCGGAGAGCCCUUUGUGCUGAACCCUGGCACCUGGGCCCUGCUCGUGGAGGCUGAAGGGGUGCUCCUGGAUUAUGUGGUUCUGCUGCCCAGCGCCUACUACGAGGCAGCCCUCCUGCAGCUGCGGGUGACAGAAGCCUGUACCUACCGCCCCUCCCCCCAGCGCUCUGGGGAAAACUGCCUCCUCUACACCCACCUCCCCCUGGAUGGCUUUCCUUCCACCACUGGGCCUGAUGCCCUGUGUCGCCAUGACAACAGCCUGCCACGGCCCUGCCCCACGGAGCAGCUCAGCCCCUCACACCCACCCCUGGCCGCCUGCCUGGGCAGUGAUGUGGACAUCCAGCUUCAGGUGGCAGUUCCGCAGCCAGGCCGCUAUGUGCUGGUGGUGGAGUAUGCCAAUGAAGACGCCCGCCAGGAGCUGGGCGUGGCCGUGCAGACCCCCCAGCGGGCCUCCCAGCAGGGGACACUCACCCUCCACCCCUGCCUAUACAGCACUCUGUGCCGGGGCGUGGCCCUGGACACCCAGGACCACCCAGCCGUGUUCUACCUUGACUCAGAGGCCAGUGUCCGGCUGACAGCUGAGCAGGCACACUUCUUCCUGCAUGGUGUCACCCUGGUGCCUGUGGAGGAAUUCAGCUCAGAGUUUGUGGAGCCACGGGUCCGCUGCGUCAGUAGCCAUGGCACCUUCAGCCCCAGCAGUGCUGCCUGUCUGCCCUCGCGCUUCCCGAAGCCACCACAGCCUGUCGUGCUCAGGGACUGCCAGGUGUUGCCCCUGCCACCUGGCCUCCCCCUGACCCGCUCACAGGAGCUCACACCGGGUUCACCCCCUGCUAGCCCCCAGCCUCGACCCCCUACUGCCGUGGAUCCCGACACGGAGCCCACCCUGCUGCGUCACCCCCAGGGCACUGUGGUCUUCACCACCCACGUGCCCACCCUGGGCCGCUACGCCUUCCUGCUACACGGAUACCAGCCAGCCCACCCCUCCUUUCCCGUGGAGGUCCUCAUCAAUGGGGGCAGAGUCUGGCAGGGUCAUGCCAAUGCCAGCUUCUGCCCACAUGGCUAUGGCUGCCGCAACCUGGUAGUGUGUGAGGACCAGGCCCUGCUGGAUGUGACAGACAGCGAGCUCACUGUGACUGUGCGUGUGCCUGAGGGCCGGUGGCUCUGGCUGGAUUACGUGCUUGUGGUCCCUGAAGACGCCUACAGCUCUAGCUACCUCCGGGAGGAGCCCCUGGACAAAUCCUAUGACUUCAUCAGCCACUGCGCUGCCCAGGGCUAUCACAUCAGCCCCAGCAGCUCAUCUCUAUUCUGCCGAAGCGCUGCUGCCUCUCUCUCCCUCUUCUAUAACAAUGGGGCCCAGCCUUGUGGCUGCCAUGAAGCAGGUGCCACAGGCCCCACGUGUGAGCCCUUUGGGGGCCAGUGUCCCUGCCGUGCCCAUGUCAUCGGCCGCGACUGCUCCCGCUGUGCCACCGGCUACUGGGGCUUCCCCAAAUGCAGGCCCUGUGACUGUGGCGCCCUCCUGUGUGAGGAGCUCACGGGCCGGUGCAUCUGUCCACCCCGCACCAUACCUCCUGACUGCCUGCUGUGCCAGCCACAGACCUUCGGCUGCCACCCCUUGGUCGGCUGCGAGGAGUGUAACUGCUCAGGGCCUGGUGUCCAGGAGCUCACAGACCCUGCCUGCGACAGGGACAGUGGCCAGUGCAGGUGCAGAUCUAAUGUGGCUGGGCGCCGCUGUGACAUCUGUGCUCCAGGCUUCCACGGCUUCCCCAGCUGCCAGCCCUGUGACUGCCACGAGGCAGGCACUGCUCCCGGCACGUGUGACCCCAUCACAGGCCAGUGCCGCUGCAAGGAGAAUGUGCAGGGUCCAAGGUGUGACCAGUGCCGCCUCGGGACCUUCUCCCUUGAUGCCAUCAACCCCAAAGGCUGCACCCGCUGCUUCUGCUUCGGGGCCACUGAGCGCUGCAGAAGCUCCGUCUACACCCGCCAGGAGUUCGUAGACAUGGAGGGCUGGGUGCUACUGAGCAGUGACCGGCAGGUGGUGCCUCACAAGCGGAGGCCAGAGGCAGAGCUGCUCCAUGCGGACCUGCGGCAUGUGCCCGAGGCUUUCCCUGAGCUAUACUGGCAUGCCCCACCCUCCUACCUGGGGGACCGCGUGUCAUCCUAUGGUGGGACCCUCCGCUAUGAGCUACACUCAGAGACCCAACGGGGAGACGUCUUCAUCCCCACAGAGAGCAGGCCGGACGUGGUGCUGCAGGGCAACCAGAUGAGCAUCAUGUUCCUGGAGCCAGUGUACCCUGUGCCCGGCCACGUUCACCACGGGCAGCUGCAGCUGGUGGAGGGGAACUUCCGGCACACGGAGACCCACAACGCCGUGUCCCGCGAGGAGCUCAUGAUGGUACUGGCUGGCCUGGAGCAGCUGCAGAUCCGCGCCCUCUUCUCACAGAUCUCCUCAGCCGUCUCCCUGCGCAGGGUGGCACUGGAGGUGGCUGGCGAGCUAGGUGGGGGGCCUCCAGCCAGCAACGUAGAGCUAUGCAUGUGCCCUGCCAACUACCGUGGGGACUCCUGCCAGGAAUGUGCCCCUGGCUAUUACCGGGACAUCAAAGGCCUCUUUCUGGGCCGAUGCGUCCCCUGUCAGUGCCACGGCCACUCGGACAGUUGCCUGCCUGGCUCCGGCAUCUGCAUGGGCUGCCAACACAACACGGAGGGGGACCACUGUGAGCGCUGCCAGGCCGGCUUCGUGAGGAGCAGGCCCGAGGACCCCACAGCACCCUGUAUCAGCUGCCCUUGUCCCCUCGCAGUGCCCUCCAACAACUUCGCCGAGGGCUGCGUCCUGCGAGGUGGCCACACCCAGUGCCUCUGCAAACCGGGUUAUGCCGGGGCCUCCUGUGAGCGGUGCGCCCCAGGCUUCUUCGGGAACCCUCUGGUGCUGGGCAGCUCCUGCCAGCCUUGUGACUGCAGCGGCAAUGGUGACCCUAACUUGCUCUUCAGCGACUGCGACCCCCUGACAGGCGCCUGCCGUGGCUGCCUGCGCCACACCACUGGGCCCCGCUGUGAGAGCUGUGCCCCUGGCUUCUAUGGCAACGCCCUGCUGCCUGGCAACUGCACCCGGUGCAACUGUGCCCCAUGUGGGACGGAGGCGUGUGAUCCCCACACUGGGCGCUGUCUCUGCAAGCCAGGAGUGGCUGGGCUGCUCUGUGACCACUGCCAGGACAGACACUUUGGCUUCGACAGCUGUGAGGGCUGCCGCCCAUGCACCUGUGGACCAGCCGCUGAGGGUCCUGGGUGCCACCCCCAGAGUGGGCAGUGCCGCUGCAGACCAGGGACUGGGGGACCCCAGUGCCGCGAGUGUGCCCCAGGCUACUGGGGGCUCCCCGAGCAGGGCUGCAGACGCUGCCAGUGCCCGGGGGGCCGCUGUGACCCCCAUACGGGCCACUGUACCUGCCCGCCUGGCCUCAGUGGGGAGCGCUGUGACACCUGUAGCCAGCAACACCAGGUGCCUGUGCCAGGCCAGCCUGGGGGCCGUGGUGUCCACUGUGAAGUGUGUGACCACUGUGUGGUCCUGCUCCUGGAUGACCUGGAGCAGGCCAGUGCCCUCCUCCCUGCCAUUCACGAACAGCUGCAGGGCAUCAACGCCAGUUCUGCCGCCUGGGCCCGGCUGCACACGCUGAGUGCCUCCAUUGCAGACCUACAGAGCCAGCUCCGGAGCCCCGCCGGUCCCCGCCUCCAGACCGUGCAGCAGCUGAAGGCACUAGAGCAACAGAGUGCAAGCCUCAGGCAGGACGCAGAGCAGCUGGGCAGCCAGGCCACAGGGGCCCGAGAACAGGCGAGCCGGCUGCUGGAAGGCACGGAGGCCACGCUGGGCCGGGCACAGACUCUGCAGGCGGCCAUCCAGGCUGUAGGCCGCGCUGUGAGCGGGCUCAUGUCCCAGAUGGGCCACCUGUGGCUGGCCAACGCAUCGGUUCCUUCAGGUGAGCAGCUGCACCACACCCUGGCCAAAGUGGAGCAGCUGCUUAGGGAGAUGCAGGCUCGUGACCUGGGGGCCCCAUUGGCAGCAGCGGAGGCUGAGCUGGCCGAGGCCCAGAGAUUGCUGGCUCGUGUGCAGGAGCAGCUGACCAGCCGCUGGGAGGAGAACCAGGCUUUGGCGAGACAAGCCCAUGACCAGUUAGUCCAGCACGAGGCCGGCCUCAUGGACCUGCGUGAGGCGCUGAACAGGGCAGUGGGCACCACGCGGGAGGCUGAGGAGCUCAACAGCCGCAACCAGGAGCUCCUGGAGGAAGCUCUGCAACAGAAGCAGGAGCUGUCACAGGACAACGCCACCCUGAAGGCCGCUCUACAGGCUGCCAGCAACAUCCUGACCCGUGCCUCUGAGCUGCUUCAAGGCAUGGACCAAGCCAAGGAGGAGUUUGAGCGCCUCGCUGCCAACUUGGAUGGGGCCCGGAUGCCACUGCUGCAGAGGUUGCAGGCCUUCUCCCCAGCCGACAGCAAGGUGCACUUGGUGGAGGACGCUGAGGCUCAUGCACAGCAACUUCACCAGCUGGCGCUCAACCUGUCCAGCAUCAUCCUCAGUGUUAACCAGGACCGCUUCAUCCAGAGGGCCAUUGAGGCUGCCAACGCCUACAGUAGCAUCCUCCAGGCUGUGCGGGCUGCUGAGGGUGCUGCCGGCCUGGCCCUGGAGCAGGCGGACCGCACAUGGGUGUCGGUGGUGCAGCGGGGCCUGGCAGCCCAAGCCCUCCAGGGGCUGGCCAACAGCAGCUCAAUAGAGGAGGCCACCCACGGGGAGGAGCUGAGGUUGAGCCGUGCAUGGGCCGCCCUUCAAGACACUGGGACCCAUCUCCGUGAUGUCCGGGCCAAGAAGGACCAGCUGAUGGCCCAAAUCCAGGAGGCACAAGCCAUGCUGGCCAUGGACACAGAUGAGACAAGCAAGAAGAUCGCCCACGCCAAGGCCGUGGCCGUUGAAGCCCAGGACACAGCUGUCCGCGUGCAGUCCCAGCUACGGGACAUGCAGGAGAACCUAGAGCGCUGGCAGGGCCAGUACCAGGGCCUGCGGGGACAGGAUCUGGGCCAGGCAGUGCUGGACGCAGGCCGCUCAGUGUCCACCCUUGAGAAGACGCUGCCGCAGCUGCUGGACAAGCUAAACCUGCUGGAGAACCGCGGGGCCUCCAAUGCCAGCCUGGCGCUGUCCGCCAGCAUCAGCCGCGUGCGGGAGCUCAUUGCCCAGGCCCGGGGAGCCGCCAGCAAGGUCAAGGUGCCCAUGAAGUUCAACGGGCACUCGGGGGUGCAGCUGCGUGCCCCACGGGACCUUGCUGACCUUGCUGCCUACACAGCCCUCAAGUUCUACCUGCAGAGCCCAGAGCUGGCACCUGGGCAGGACGCUGGGGACCACUUUGUGCUGUACAUGGGCAGCCGCCAGGCCACAGGGGACUACCUGGGCGUGUCUCUGCGUGACCAGAAGGUGCACUGGGUGUACCGGCUGGGGGAGGCAGGACUCGCAGCUCUCAGCGUGGACGAGAGCAUCGGGGAGCAGUUUGCAGCCAUCAGCAUUGACAGGACCCUCCAGUUUGGCCACAUGUCUGUCACAGUGGAGAGGCAGAUGGCCCAUGAGACCAAGGGUGACACUGUGGCACCUGGGGCAGAGGGGCUGCUCAGCCUGCAGCCUGAGGACUUUGUCUUCUAUGUCGGGGGCUACCCCAGCAACUUCACGCCCCCCGCACCCCUGCACUUCCCUGGCUACCGGGGCUGCAUUGAGAUGGACACGCUGAAUGAAGAGGUAGUCAGUCUCUACAACUUUGAGCGGACCUUCCAGCUGGACACAGCCGUGGAUAAGCCUUGUGCCCGCUCCAAGUCGACUGGGGACCCCUGGCUCACGGAUGGCUCCUACUUGGACGGCUCUGGAUUUGCCCGCAUCAGCUUCGACCCUCACAUCAGCACCACCAAGCGCUUCGAGCAGGAGCUACGGCUUGUGUCCUACAACGGGGUCAUCUUCUUCCUGAAGCACCAGGCACCCCACAGCCCCGCCCACCCCGCCCCACCCCGUGCUGACCCUGCCCUGUCCCCCCAGACCCAGUUCCUAUGCCUGGCGGUACGAGAGGGCAGCCUUGUGCUCCUCUACGAUUUUGGCGCUGGUCUGAAGGAGGCCGUCCCGCUGCAGGCCCCGCCACCCCUGACGGCAGCCAGCAAGGCGAUCCAGGUGUUCCUGCUGGGGGGCACCCGGAAGCGCGUGCUGGUACGUGUGGAGCGUGCCACAGUGUUCAGUGUGGAGCAGGACAAUGCCCUGGAGCUGGCCGACACAUACUACCUGGGGGGCGCACCACCUGACCAGCUGCCCCCAAGCCUGCAGCAGCUGUUCCCCUCUGGAGGCUCUGUCCGCGGCUGUGUCAAGGGGAUCAAGGCUUUGGGCAAGUACGUGGACCUCAAGCGGCUGAACACAACGGGUGUGAGCUCUGGCUGCACAGCUGACCUGCUGGUGGGACGCGCCAUGACUUUCCAUGGCCACGGCUUCCUGCCCCUGGCACUCCCUGACGUGGCACCUCUCUCUGGAGACGUAUACUCUGGCUUUGGUUUCCGCAGUGCCCAGGAUAGCGGUCUGCUCUACUACCGGGCAUCACCGGAUGGACUGUGCCAGGUGUCCCUGCAGCAAGGCCACGUGACACUCCGGUUCCUGAGGACUGAGGUGAAAACCCGAGGGGGUUUUGCCGAUGGUGCACCCCAUUAUGUCACCUUCUACAGCAAUGCCACAGGGGUCUGGCUCUAUGUGGACGACCAGCUGCAACAGACAAAGGCACACCGAGGACUGCCCCCCGGGCUCCAGCCACAGCCUGAGGGGCCCCCACGGGUCCUCCUGGGAGGCCUGCCUGAGUCUGGCUCCUUCCACAACUUCAGUGGCUGCAUCAGCAACGUCUUUGUUCAGCGGCUCCUGGGGCCACAGCGUGUGUUCGACUUGCAGCAGAACGUGGGCAGUGUCAAUGUGACAACGGGUUGUGUCCCUGCCCCGCACACCCAGACCCGGACUCUGAGGCCACAAGGACUACAAACCCCUGCUAGGAAGGCCUCCCGCCGCAGCCGCCAGCCCACCCAGGACCCCACCUGCAUGUCACCCCUACACCCACAGACCCUCCCAGACUCUUACCAGUUUGGAGGCCCCCUGUCCAGUCACCUGGAGUUUGCAGGCGUCCUGGCCUCCCACGGGGACUGGCCCCGCCUCACCAUGCGUGUCCGCCCACAAGCUCCCCAAGGCCUCCUGCUAUUGGCUGCCCCACAGUCACCCAGCAGUCCCUCCCUGGCACUCUUCCUGAGCCACGGACGCUUUGUCGCUCAGACGGGAGGCCCUGGGCCCAAACUCCGCGUCCAGAGCCGCCAGCAUUUACGGACUGGCCAUUGGCAUAGGGUGUCCUUGCACUGGGAGAGGAGUCGAAUCCAGCUUAGGAUGGAUGGCAGCCGGGCCUGGAGCCAGGAGGGGCCCCGACGGCAGCACCAGGGGCACCUCCAGCCCCACACCCUUUUUGUGGGGGGCCUCCCAGCCAGCCACCACUUCAAGCCCCCUGUGGCCGUCAGGUUCAGUGGCUGUGUGAAGAGACUAAGACUGGAUGGGAGGCCCUUAGGGGCCCCCACUCGGAUGGCAGGGGUCAUGCCCUGUGUCUCGGGUCCCCUGGAGGAAGGCCUGUUCUUCCCAGGCAGUGGGGGCGUCAUCACUCUAGAUGCCCCAGGGGCCGCACUGCCAGACUUGAGCUUGGAGCUGGAGGUGCGGCCUCAGGCAGUAGCUGGCCUGAUCUUCCACCUGGGCCGGGUCCAGGGCCCCCCCUCCUUGCAGCUGCUGGUGUCCCAUAAGCAGGUUCAGCUGUGGGCAGACGAUGGGGCAGGGGAGUUCUCCACAUGGGUGAUGAGCCCCACUUUGCUGUGUGAUGGACGCUGGCAUCGACUAGCAGUGAUCAAAGGUGGGAACGUGCUCCGGCUGGAGGUGGAUGGUCAGAGCAACAACACUGUGGGGCCCUCCCUGGCAGCCUUGGCCCACAUGCCAGCCCCUCUGCACCUUGGGGGCCUGCCUGAGCUCACGGCCAAGCAGCCUAGGCCCCCCGCCUACAGGGGCUGCAUGCGGAAGCUGGUGGUGAACCAGGCCCUCAUCACUGUGGCUAACUCUGCAAGAGUCCAAGGGGCAGUGGGAUCCAGUGGCUGCCCUGCCAUGUAGGGUGCUGACCCUGGGAUCCCAGCCCUUCACAAGCCCCUGGUGACAUACUGCCUCUCCCAAGUGCCUCAUAGAUAACAAUUGUGUGUGUUUAUCUGGACUCUAGGUUCUUUGGGUGACAAAUCUUAUUUCUAGAAAUGGUUUAAGUUAUAUUUUUUAAAUGAAAGGGUAAAAUCGUAAAAUGGGGUUUUUAUACUCUCUCUCCCUUUCACCUUUUAAAGAUAGUCUUAAGAUGUGUAAAUCACUGGUUCCUUAUUAAAACAGAAAUUAAAAAGUAA